GUCUUGUUGUGUCUGUGGCCACGUACUGGGACAGAAGAAGAAUCCCGAACGCUCGCACUCGGCAGCGUAAUCACGCCAAGACACCGUUGGCCAGUUCAGCAGUUUACCAACAGACGCCCACCUUGCAAUGAAUACACUGUCAACCUGCACAUUCUCAGUAGACAUUCCGGAGCGGCAAUGAAGGCAGGAGCCUCGUCCGUGUGGGCUUCAUGCUGCGGUCUGCUGAAUGAAGUUAUGGGUACCGGAGCCGUCAGAGGUCAGCAGCCAGGCUUCGGGGCAGGUGCUGGACCCUUCAGGUUCGCCCCCAGUGCAGGAUACUCUACAUAUCCUCCCACUAGCUCAGGAACUCCCAGCCUAGUGUGCAAGUCCUGUGGUCUGGCGUUCUCGGUCUUCAGGAGGAAGCACAUUUGCAGCGACUGCAAGAAGUGCUUCUGCUCUCUGUGUUCCAUGCCUCUCGAGAAUGUGCGCAUCUGUGCCACGUGUCAUUUGCUGAAGGCAACAGCCUUCCAUCGGCCACGGCUAAUGCGUCUAAGGGUCAGGGACCUGCGACAGUACUUGUUGCUUCAUAAUGUCCCCACCGACACGUGCAGAGAAAAAGAAGACUUGGUGGACCUGGUGCUCUGUCACCAAGGCAGUGAGGAGGAGGAUGAGGAGGAAGAAGAGGAGGAGCAGGAGCCUGACACAAGUAGUCUCCACUCACGUUCCAUGUAUACUCCACCACCUUCGACCAUACAGUCUGCCUCAGAGCUGUCUCAACUUGCUGCCUCUCAGGCGGAACCUCUCAGCAGGAGUGAUAGUUCUGACAGCAACCGGGACAUAGGUGAUGCCACAUCAGUGUCACUUCUCAACUUGGACCCCAGUGAACACACACCUGAGACGAGCCCUCAGACGCGGCGUCUGCUCCGAGCGUCUCUUUCGGACAUCUCCAGUGUGAGUGACAUCGAGGGCCUCUCUGUCAGGCAGUUGAAGGAGAUCCUGGCCAGGAACUUUGUCAACUACUCAGGGUGCUGUGAGAAGUGGGAGCUGGUGGAGCGGGUCGGCAGACUCUACAGAGAAACAGAGGAGAACAGGAAAUCAUUAGAAAAUGUGAGCAGUACUGUAACCAAAGUGGUGGCCUUCCCCCCUCCUAUCUACAAUGAGGCCAUUGGAGAUGGUGAGAGAGUUCCACAGAUGUUCCUCGACGAAAACCUUUGCAGAAUCUGCAUGGACGCUGUGAUCGACUGCGUUCUGCUGGAGUGCGGCCACAUGGUGACCUGCACCAAGUGUGGCAAGAGGAUGAGCGAGUGCCCCAUCUGCAGGCAGUACGUCGUUAGGGCCGUGCACGUCUUCAAGUCCUAAUGCAACACCUACGCUCACUUCAGCUUCAACACAGCAACUUUGACUCAGAUGGUCUCUUAAAUCAACCAAGGCCAUCACAUCCUCUCAAUCCCUUUCUGUUCAUGUUUCAAGUUUGUCGCGGCCCAUUUUUUUACCUGAUUUGCACACAAUGGAAAUACGUUUUUGCUGUUCCAGUAAGAAUCAUUCCUGACGUGAACAUAUCUUUCUUUGUCUAUUUUACAACAAAAAGAAUGUUGAAUCUGGGUGCACUCCUUUCCCUCAGUUCUGCCUACAAAGUGUAGCCAGUCUUGUGUUGACAGAGGACCUCAUUACACAACUGCUACAAGUGACUACAAAACUUAGUAAUACCAAGGACGCACACCCUGACAAGACGGUACGCACAUGGUGCCAAAUAACAGGUGAAAUUUGAUGCUCCUCACCCAUCACAUAUCUUCCACUCUGAGUGAGUUUGUGGCUUAAUAGCAGUAGAGCGGGGCUGAGAUGGGAUGUUUAGCAAUUCUCCAAUACGUAAUCACGUAGGCCACUAACAAGAUGACAGUCGAGUAAGAUGGUUAGAAAUCACAGUAGGUAUUGGUGAUGGACAAUGACGAUUUGUUUUGGAACUGUUUUGUAGUAUAUGCUUUAAUCAAAAUGCAUUAACAUUGAGAUUCUAACUUUAGGUCUGUCAUUACAGCAAUAGUUGGUCUUUGCCGCCACCUCUGUCUCAGCAUUUGAGACAAAAAUCGGUGCUAGUCAUCUUAUCUUCACUAUUUUCGAGUCAAACUGUGGAUAUAAUUGAAUGUUCAUUUGUUUUUGUUUACGGUCUGUGAAAUAAAGUGUCAUUUAUUUUCUCAA